AUGGAGAGGAAGGCGCUGAAUCAAGUUAUAUUUGUGGGUUUCUUCUUGCUGAUCAGUAGAGCAUGGGCAGAAGACUUUCUGACAAAUGUACCGAAGUUGGAAAUGUUUGUCGAUGAUCUUCCUGAUAUGCCAAGAUCGAAACCCUUCAAUCCCGGCAUAUCAGGAAGAUCGUCAACAAACAUUUCCAACUUCGUUACAUUUAUCAGACUGUCUUCUGCCCAAGCCAAUUGCCAUAUUGCCGACGGGGUGUUGGCCUAUGUGGCUCUGGUUGGCUGUGUUGCCUGGGUUGGUGCUGCUGAUGGUGUGGGAUUUCAUGAGAAUGGGGUCCUCUGGAAAUGGACUGGGCUGCCUACUGCCAUAAGCAUGUACGCCUUUUGCUACGGUGGCCAUGCUGUUUUGCCCACUCUCCCCAACUCCAUGAGGGAAAGAAGCCAAUUCCCGCAGGUUUUGUGCAUUUGCUUCCUAGUAAGCACCAUCACUUAUGGAUCAACGGUGGUUAUUGGAUACCUAAUGUAUGGGCAAGAUUUGAUGUCUCAAGUGACACUAAACCUUCCAGUCAACAAUCGUAACCCAAAAAUAGCAAUCUAUACCACACUAAUCAAUCCAAUAACAAAGUAUGCUCUAAUUGUUUCGCCCAUUGCCACAGCCCUUGAAGAGAGACUUCCGCUCCAAAACAGCAGAUUGAUCAGCUUGCUCCUCAAAACAGGCUUGGUGAUCAGCACUGUUGUGGUGGCACUAGCAGUCCCUUUUUCCGGCUAUGUCAUAACUUCUCAGAGUUUUGGGGCCGAAUUGAUGCUUAUUGGGGCAAUCAUAGUGAUGGGAGCUUCUGUGGUUGUACUAGGUUCAUACACUUUAGUGAGACAAAUUGUUGAACACCUGCAUAGAGUUUGA